AAUUAGGGUAUCAGCUCGAGCUUCCCAAUUCCCACCAGGGCGCUCUCGAGCUGUCAGUGUCCGAAGGCGCUGGAAAGUAGCUUGCAGGGUAUCUUUAGUGAGGUUCUUAUCACGAUUCUCUACGUCCAAGAGAAGGAAUUCCGUCAUGAGCGCCAGCGCUUAUAGCCUCGCCCUGCCAUUGAGCGGCACCAGUGUAGCCUUUGGUGCCACUGUGAGGAGCUGCAAAGAAGAGAGUCCGCGUAUGACAACUCGUCACAUCGGUGUCCGGCAUGAUGGCGGCAGUACAGCAAAUGCGGUGCCCGGAGGCAAUGACGGCAACAUGUACAAGUCGCGGCAAGAACGAGCCGCUGAGAGGAUCGAAAGGCGUCUUCGCGAGGACCAGCUCGCCGCCAAGCCAAUUGGGUUCAACGAGGACGGCCGCCCCAUCUACCGGCGGCAGCAUGUGGGCUAUCUUACACGCAAUUCGAUCUCGGGUGGCCAACGUCCCGGGCAACGAGUAUUGGAGCUCGGGACGUCGGUGUGUGGAGUCCACGAACGAGGAGGUCGGCGGGGAGAAUACGAGCGGCGACGGAAACCCCCAAUGCAGCAACCAAUCAUUUGAGCGGGCCGGACCUGUGGAAGGAGCCCCAGAGUAGUCGCGUAAUGUUAGACACGAAUGCAGUCUUAAGAUUUGUUUUUGCAACGGUUGAAAUUGAGCCCAAGGCAGAUUCGCAAAAACCACCGGAAAGUCUUAGCAAUCAGAUGUCAAAAGAAACGAGGCUGUUCCUUGAACAACUCACGAAUGUAUACGUGUCGUUGCCGGUCGUUUUUGAGGUCGACUUCUUAUCGCUCAGGUCGAAUCGUAGUAAUGGACAGGGGGAGGAAGGUUCUGGAGGGGGUUGCUAUGCUAGAUUUCCUGGAGAAGACGGGGAACGUGGCCAUCUUUGAUGAGGUCACGGCAGAUGACGUCAUUGGGUUUACCACCUUGAGGGCAUCGAAGGCUUUGCCUGGCAAGGCCGCAACCGAUUAUUUCGAUGCGGCAAUUGCGGAGCAAGCCAUGAGAUACGAUUUCAGGCUGAUAACCAGUGACGGAAAUCUGCAAUUAUAUCCAAAGCUGAAGACGGGUUGGUAAAUUGUAAGAAAGUGGAGAAAGUGUACCUCGUGCCUAUCACAUUUCCAAACCUUGCGCGUUCAAUGGAUCAAGUGCUCGCUAGUUAUGGAUCGCGCA